GCUUUUGGUCAUACACCAUAUGAAACUUCAGGGUGUGUGGAGGGGGCACCUCCUACUGCUGCUUGUGGAGUUUGCUCUUAUUGGGGCAGGGGGAGAUAGCAGCAGUGGGGCUACUCCAAGCACGGGCUGUUGAAGAUUACCCUAGGAGAAGGGCGGAGUUUCCAAAGAACAGAACCAUAAGAAGUAAAGGUAAAGUCCUAGUGCCCACCAUGCCCAGAGUCUUCCUUGUUAAGAGAAGGAACCCACUGCCUGCCAGUCGCAGCUGGGACGAGCUGCCGGAUGAAGAGAGAGCAGACACCUACAUCCCAGGAGAUAUAAGGUGUGUGCUCCUGAACUAUCGUAGUGAAGACAGCUGCAGUUUGGAGAGCAGUAGCAGCAGGAAUACAGAGCCUGCCAAUACUUCAACCCCUGAGACCACAGUAGAAGAGACACUUCUGGAAUUGGCCAUGAACCACUCCACAGUAAGAUCCAAAAUCAAGUUCACCACUGGUACCUGUGGUGAUGUCUUGAUGCAUAAUUGUGAGUUAUGUGGCAAAGGAUUUCGCUUGCAGCGCAUGCUCAAGCGCCACACAAAAUGUCACAGCCAAGUAAAACGACACUUGUGCACCUUCUGUGGGAAAGGAUUCAAUGAUACCUUUGAUCUGAAAAGACAUGUAAGGACACAUACAGGAAUUCGACCAUACAAAUGUGAGCUCUGCAACAAAGCCUUUACCCAGCGUUGUUCCCUGGAAUCACAUCUUAAAAAGAUCCAUGGGGUGCAGCAACAGUAUGCUUACAAGCAACGGAGAGAUAAACUGUAUGUUUGUGAAGAUUGUGGUUACACAGGCCCAACUCAAGAGGAUUUGUAUGUGCAUAUCAGUAAUAUUCACCCUGGAAGUGCUUUUCUGAAGAAAACUUCAAAAAAACUUGCAGCAGUUUUGAAAAACAAACCGACCUCUUCAAUGGAGAUGAUCUCAAACACAAAUGAGAAGCAGUAACAGUGCACUGGAUUGUAGUGGCAAAAUGCAUUGAAGUCUUGUCUGUUUUCUUAGGGUGUCCAGGGUAGGGGGGAGAGUAAAUUACGAUAAAGAGGGAAGAUCACUUUCUGCUUGGCUUGAGAACUUUCACUGUCCUCAAUGACUCUGUUUAGAUGACGUACUAAGCCACAGUAG